AUGUCAAACAUAGAGGAAGUGCGAUGUAGAUGUCCAGAUAUACCAUCAAGCCAAAGAGAUGUCGUCUACGGUUCGUCAUUUCUGGCUGUCAACAGCAUUGACUUCGAUGCAGCAUUCCUUAACUUUGACAUAGGCAAUGCAGCGGUAUAUGGGACAAUCAUAGCAAUCCUUGUCCUUUACUGUCUUUUAGUUUUAUUUCUGAGACGAAAAGACACCGAGGAUAAGGAAAAGUGGACGCUGGGCAUCCUAUGUGACAAUAGCAAAGAUGAUGACUAUUUCUACCUAGUUACUGUUGUCACCGGUUUGAGAGCAGGUGCGGGUACUCAGUCCAUAGUUAACUUUAUCCUGUACGGCGAGCUAGGAGAGAGCGGGGUCCGUAUUCUGAGUGAUGAUCUGCAAAAGGGCUUUGCAACAGGAAGUAUCAAUCGAUUUAUCAUGUCGAGCCCGAAAUAUCUUGGAAGAUUGUUAGACUUGUGGAUUUGGCACGAUUUCUCGGGGAUUGGAUGGGAACAAAGUUGGUACUUGACGAGUGUUACCUUUGAUGAUUUGAAGACUAAAGAUAGGUGACAAACGGCUUUUUAACUUUCUUGAUAUCCA